GUCGACCUGGAUGGCGGUGGAGACUCCUCAGACCCCGCGGAUGCGGAGAGCGGCGCCGGCGUGCUGCCCCCGGUCCUGUCCCCAGCCAGCCUGAGCAUCUGUAGUGUCGUGGCUCUCUCCUUGUCCUCUCGGGCGUCAGAAGGUGAGUCGGAGCUGCUGGCUCUGUCGGCCAAGGGUCGCCUAGUGUCCUGUGGCCUGUGCAGCCCUGAGGAGCCAGACGUGGAGCUGACACCUGCCGAGAUCGGACGGAGGAUCAAGGAGCUGCUGUCGGGGAUAGGGGACACCUCAGAGAGAGUGUCCUUCCUGAAGAAGGCUGUGGACCAGAGGAACCGAGCCCUGGCCAGCCUGAACCAGGUGAUGAACGUCAGUGCAGCACUGCUGUCCAGCCAGGAGGGCCAGAAACCCAUCGCCUGCACCGUCACUGCCAACUGGAGCUGCCUCCUGCUCCAGGACACCGUCACCAUCUCCUGCCUGCUGGAGAACUGCAGCGAGUACAGCCUGGAGGAGGGCUGGACCCUCUGUGUCCAGCUCCUGGCCAGCCCCUGUGCCUUAGAGGAGGAAUCCAUGGAUUCGGCCACCACCUUCACAUUCCCCAUCGACCAGCUGCUCCCCGGGAACAAGCGGGAGCUGACGCUGCCCCUCGACCCCACGGCGGACACCAAGCUGGACGUGCCCCUGACCAUCUCCUGUGCCCUCUACUACAGUUUAAGGGACAUUCUGGGCAGUGGCUCCGACUCCGAGGAUGACCUGGAUGACUUCCUGCCCGACGACUCUCCGCUCCUGUCCCCGGACAGAGAGGGGAUCUGUCUCCCCCUCAGCCAGUGCACCAUUGACAUGCUCCAGUGCCUCCAUUUUGGGAGCAGCCCCCCUGGGCCAGAUGCCCCCCCUGCCCCCUCUGACCCUGUGGAGACCUUCCUCAAAGUGUCCCAGGAACAGACUGAGCCCGAGGAAGGGAAACCCUCGGGAGAGGAAAACCUGCCCCCCUCGGCAGCCUCCAUCCGCGUGUCCUCGGAGCUGCUGAGAAACGCCCUGAAAACCUCGGAAACAGAUGUCCCCCUGACCUGUGCCACGCUGCGCUGGCUGCUGGCAGAGAACCCUGGGGCCGAGGCACUGAGCAGCACGGAGGUGGCAUCGGCACGUGGCACCGCACCGGACGGUGGCCACGUCCAGCUGCUCGUCACAGAGGUGGCCAUGAAUGACCUGAGCCCAGCAGGUCCCAUCCAGGCCGUGGAGAUCCUGAUGGAGAGCCCAUCCCUGGCCCACAUGUGCAGGACACACCACGCCGUCAUCCGGCGCAUCCAG